CAUUACCAUUCCAAGUGUGCGAAAUCCCUGCUCGGCACGCAAUCACCGCCAUACCGUGGACAGCUCCAAGCCAUGGAGCAGGCGCUUUCAGUUUGCAUUUCUGACACACUCACUCUUGCAUCCAUUACACAUGAACUACAGACAAGACAGAUUUUUCUCCAUUCCUUUUUAUGUCUUCUCUACUGCACAACAUCCUUUCAAGACAUAUUAAACUUCGUGCGUAUAGGUUGCUCUGAGACGAAGGAAAGCCACAGCAGUACGGAAUAUCACAGCGAAUCGGUCAUACACGCUAAUGUGCUGACCAUUUAACGGACGUACAGCAAUAAUGAUAAAUACACCUGUUCAAGCAGUAAAUGUGUCUGGAUAUUCGGCGUCCACACAGCCGCGGCAGUGACGGAACCCGCAUUGCAACACAGUCAGCGCUCGGCCACCCGGCUGCCGGUUAAUUCCUUUUCCCUAAAAUCAGACACGCAGUCAGACUAAGCAUUUUCGCACUGUGCCACGGCUCCCGUUUGUCAUCGAGAGAGAGACGAACCCGGAGAAAGGCGUUUGGAAGUUUGGAAGACAUGGGGUGCAGAAUUCGAAUCGACAAAACCGGUUAGCCAGUGACAGUGAAGCACUGAUCAAAAUCUCCAAAGACGGUUCUGACACACCAGACCUGACCACCUGUUCUGUUGGACACAGACCGAUGUGAAACUAAGGUGAACUUAGUGCUACACCGUCCAUUCUUUUACCCGUGGCAGCCCGUGGGACGUGUGUGGAUUAUUCCUCCUUUCCACCCGCAUCUUUCUGUGCGGGAUAGAGAUGGAGGGAGCACAGGUGACGGCUGGGGGAUUAUAAUUGGGGCCAUCGCUUACGAAGACACCGGAGGAGGAAAUAUGAAUGGAGAGUGCACCCAGGAGCGGGAGGAAGGGGGCACGCGAAGGCCAGCCAACGAGCGCAGCCGGACCGCAGAGCCGCUGGAGCACAAGGAGAACUGCUGCGUCAAGUGCAAGACCUGCGCAUCGCGCUGUCAGAGGUUCGUGAUCUCACGCGUGGGCGAGGACUGGAUCUUCCUCAUCCUCCUGGGCCUCGUGAUGGCGCUGGUGAGCUGGUUCAUGGACUACGCCAUCGCGUUCUUCCAGCAAGCACAAAAGUGGAUGUACGGGGGUCUGGACAAUAAUGUGUUCCUGCAGUACCUGGCCUGGGUCACAUACCCUGUGGUUCUCAUCACCUUCUCUGCUGGAUUUACCCAGAUACUGGCUCCACAAGCUGUGGGUUCGGGGAUACCGGAGAUGAAGACCAUUCUUCGGGGUGUGGUGCUGAAAGAAUACCUCACCUUCAAAACCUUCGUGGCUAAAGUCAUCGGCCUGACCUGCGCCCUGGGCAGCGGAAUGCCCCUGGGGAAGGAGGGUCCCUUUGUUCACGUUGCUAGCUUGUGCGCUGCAUUGUUGAGCAAGUUCAUGGCACUGUUCGGUGGGGUCUACAUGGAGGAGCCUUUUGAAGCAAACAAGAACGAGCUGCGAAACAUCGAGAUGCUGUCGGCCGCCUGCGCAGUCGGGGUGGGCUGCUGCUUUGCUGCUCCCAUUGGAGGUGUACUCUUCAGCAUAGAGGUAACCUCCACCUUCUUUGCUGUGAGGAACUACUGGAGGGGCUUCUUUGCAGCCACUUUCAGUGCCUUCAUCUUCAGAGUGCUGGCCGUGUGGAACCAUGAAGAGGAGACAAUCACCGCCCUGUUUAAAACACGCUUCCGCUUGGACUUCCCCUUCGACCUGCAGGAGCUCCCAGCCUUUGCUGUGCUCGGGAUUGUGAGUGGAUUUGGGGGGGCGCUGUUUGUCUACUUGAACAGACUGAUUGACCAGUUCAUUCAGCAGCAGAAAACCGUCAGCAAGGUCCUUAUGAAGAACCGGCUACUGUUCCCAGCCGUUGUCACUCUGCUGGUGUCCACUCUGACCUUCCCCCCUGGGUUCGGACAGUUCAUGGCCGGACAGCUAACCCAGUAUGAGUCGCUAGUGGCUCUGCUGGACAACCGCACCUGGACCAAGCAAGGCGUGGCGGACGAGUUUGACUACGUCGGCCACGCCCAUGCCUGGAAGCACCCGCAGGUCAACGUCUUCAUCACCCUCAUGCUUUUCAUCAUCAUGAAGUUCUGGAUGUCAGCUCUGGCAACCACAAUGCCAGUGCCAUGUGGAGCCUUCAUGCCAGUCUUCCUCAUAGGUGCUGCGUUUGGGCGUCUGGUGGGGGAGAUCAUGGCAACCUGGUUCCCUGAUGGCAUCCACUCUGACGGCAGCAUCUACCCCAUUGUGCCUGGCGGGUAUGCUGUUGUGGGUGCUGCAGCCCUGUCUGGAGCGGUCACCCACACGGUCUCCACAGCGGUGAUCGUGUUUGAGCUGACCGGCCAGAUCUCGCACAUCCUGCCGGUGAUGAUUGCGGUGAUCCUGGCCAACGCGGUCGCCCAGAGCCUCCAGCCCUCCCUGUAUGACUCCAUCAUCCGCAUCAAGAAGCUGCCCUACCUCCCUGAGCUGGGCUGGGGCCACCACGAGAGGUACAGUAUCCGCGUGGAGGACAUUAUGGUUCAGGACGUGCGUUACAUCACCCUCAACUGCUGCUACAGGGACCUGCAGGAUGCACUCAUGACGGGGCACCUCAAGACCCUGGCGCUGGUGGAGUCGGCCGAAUCGAUGAUCCUCCUGGGCUCUAUCGAGCGCUCUCAGUUGCAGUCGCUGCUCUCCCAGCAGCUGGGCUGCCCGCGGAGGAUGGAGUACCUGAGGGAGCGCGCCAAGGACACCCGCAGCUGCCUUUCCAUGCAGGAGCAGACCCACAGCCAGGAGACCCUAUUGGAGGAUGACCAGGAGGUCCGCUACCUGGAGCAGACCCACAGCCAGGAGACCCUGCUGGAGGAUGACCAGGAGGUCCGCUACCUGGAGCAGAUCCACAGCCAAGAGACCCUCCUAGAAGAUGACCAGGAGGUCCACUAUCUGAUCUCUACAGAGAGGUCUUCUCUCAGCUCCCAGAAGCCUCUAAAAUCUGUCCUGAAGAGAGAACCCACCAUCACAGACAUGGAGACAUCAUCUUGUGCUUUGAGGAGUGCUCGUGCUAACCUGCAGAAGGGGCCUGUGGAGAACAACUGUGGUUCUGUAGCUCCUGAGAGCAGGAGGCCAAAGAGAGUGAGGAUAUCCACUGCGGAUGUCUCAGAUGUGGAGGAUGACAUGACCAAGGCAGAGAUCGCUGAGUGGGAAGAACAGCAGCUGUCAGAGCCCGUCAACUUUAACAACUGCAAGAUCGACCCUGCCCCCUUCCAGCUGGUGGAGCGUACAUCACUGCACAAGACCCACACCAUCUUCUCCCUGCUGGGUCUGGACCACGCGUACGUCACCAGCAUCGGGAGACUAGUUGGAGUCGUCUCCCUGAAAGAUCUGCGGAAGGCCAUCGAGGGCUCAGUGACGGUGAAGGGGGUGAAAGUGAGGCCCCCGCUGGCCAGUUUCCGUGAUAGCGGCACCAGCAGCAGAGAGGCGGAGGCCACGGAGCUGCACAAGCUGUGGGACCGCCACAGGAGGCUGACGCUACCACGGGAACCCCACCCCUCCGACGCCGAGGACCAAUCACAGCUUUCGCAUGAACAAAGAUCAUCCCACAAUAAGGACCUUUCACAGCUGCCAUGCGAGCAAAGCCCCUCCCAUGACGAGAACGAAUCACAGCUGCCGUACGAACAUAGCCCCUCCCACAAUGAGAACACAUCGCAGUUGCCAUAUGAACAUAACCCCGCCUACAAUGAUGAUGAGUCACAGUUGCCGUAUGAACACAACCCCUCCUACAACGAGGACGAAUCACAGCUGCCAUAUGAACAUAGCCCCUCCCACAAUGAGUUUAAAUCAGAGUUGCCAUAUGGACACAGCCCCUCCCACAAUGAGUUCAAAUCACAGUUGUCAUAUGAACAGAGCCCCUCCCACAGUGAGUUUAAAUCACAGUACCCAUAUGAAUACAGCCCCUCCCAUAAUGAGUUUAAAUCACAGCUCCCAUGUAAAUACAGUCCCUCCCACCAUAACAAGGACAAAUCAGAGCAGUCCUACGAACAUAGCCCCACCCACUUCAGGGAAAACUGAAAGUGAGGGCAACCGAAAAGGGAAUCAUGUUGAAACCUCAGGGCUUCUCGUGUGAGCACAUAUGUGUGUGUGUGUGUACAGGCGUGUAUGUUUGUGCAUGUGUGAAUGUGUGUCUGAACUGCACCUUACCCAUAAGCUCACCUGCUGCAAAUGCCGUUCACAUUGACAAGAUUACAUUUUUCUGUAAAUACAGCUUAGGCGGAGAGAGCAGAGAGGGGACAGAAAUCAUUGUGCAAUAACUGGUACUGAAAACAGCAAUAUGCUAGAAAAAAGUGACAUCACAGUUAAAAAAUUAAGACAGACUGCAAUAUAUCUGGUUAUUGGUGGCAAACCAGAAGUAAGAUUGUGCCAUUUAGUUGCAUGGAGUUACCAAACAUGAUUUGAUUGUAUGUAUCAUAGUCUGACUGACAGGAGGAGUGAUGAGGAAACUGGUUCCGAUACUGCUGUAGCGAUGAAUGCAAUCCAGUGCUUUAUGCAAGAUCGAAACUGCAAAAGCAAUAGGGAAACAUUAAUUAUUCAAAAUUUCCAAAGAGUUGAGAAGACUUCAAGAUUUGAACAGUUUUUGCUUUAUCUCACAUCACCCUAGUGAGUUAGUUAUCUAGCUUGCCAGUUAGGGAGACCAUAAGAAAGCCAGUCAGCUAACAAGCUCCUCUGCAGAAACAAUAUGUAAAUGUUUCACACUCUUCAACAAACAUAACAGAGCUGGCAUGAGUCAUAAGUGCAGCUGGAGAGCAAACCUACACAACCAGGUAGAUAUACACGCAAAAUAAAUGCCUUUAUCCCUUGGCAAAAUCACUGUACAUUUCUUGUUGCUUUGCCUUUAUUUUGUCAGGUGCUUCAUCAAUGCUAUCUUGGAUAAUUGAUAGUAAAUAGAAUUUUGGUCCACGUCAAGUCCUUCUGCUCUUUGAUUGGUCAUUCUGAGGUGUUCAGUCCUGUUUUGUCUUUUGGAAUCACAGAGCGAAAGGACUUCUAAGGAUAAUUACUUGCAAGCAUUUAGCAUGUUGAGUUGUGAGAAAAUAUCCAGGAUAGUCACCAAGAGGUGCCAAAAGGUAUUAACAGCUGUGCUUGAUAGCCAAGAUGUUAGCCCAAGAAUUUGUCGGAUGUUUUGCCUGUUAAGGAAAUGUUUUUGAAGUUGUUGUCUUUCCGUAUGAAGAGCGGGGGAGAUUGACUUGUGUGAGGAAGGUGAUUGCAGGGGGGAAAUUUAAUUAAAUCUAUUUUGAAUUUUGCUCAGGACUAUAAUGCUGAUUCUGUGAUAGCGUAAUGGUAGUUGUCUUCAGAACAAACUUGUGCCACUAAAUCACCACCAUGUUACUCACCACCCUAAGCUAUUCGGUUCUACUCCAUUUACAUUCACUAGCUACACAAACCCACAUAACUUUCAAAUAUAAUGCACAACUGGUAUGCUCGUGAUAAUAAAUGGCACUGAUUCCCGUUUGUUUGUAAGAAGAGAGUAUGAUGAAAGCACUUUCCUAGCGUAUCACUGUCAGAGGGUUCCGAGCUGCACCGACUAAGGCCACCUCAGCCACCAGCCCCGCCCACCUUUACCAGCAAA